GGGCGAGCCACAAUGCUAGGUUUUCUAGGUAAACAGUCAGUCUCGGCCUGGGAUUCUAGAAGUAUUGCUCGAGUUUGGCUGUUCGGCUGAGGUGACAGCUGAAGAGCACAACAGGAUGAUGGGCCGUAAUGGAGCUGUAUCCGGAGUUUUGCUGGCGCUCCUGAUGUGUGUGGUUGGCGUGUGUCGUGCCGCGAUGAUCAAUGCCGAUGUGGAAACACAAUACCAGGAUACGGUGUCACCGGGCAGCACUCGCGUCUACUUCUUUCGCUGGAACCAGCACAGCGCGGCGGCCGGCCGGGCCGUCGACAGCUUGCUGCCACUGCGAGUGUCGGUGAGCAGCGCGAACGCGUCCGACAAUAGGCUACUGACGGUGCUGGUCCGCGGCAAUCACGGCGCCCUCUCCUGGGUGCUGCCGAUGGCCGCCGAGGGCAGCAGCGGAACGUAUCAGAACAGCACACGGACGAUCUGCCCCGGCGUGCUGGGCAACUCGCCGAACGGCAAUCAGACCCUGCUAGUGGACAUCUCAACGCCAGCCAAUGCCACCCUGGACUACACACUCAGGGUGGAGGCAGUGCACGAUUUCACACUGAGAGCAAACGAGAGGCAGAGCGUGUUCCUGAGUCCCGAGGUGCCGGUGUAUUACGAGUACAAGUUCGCGCCCGAUGACGAGAUUGUAAGCGUUCGGGUGGACGCCGACGAGGACCAGUGCGCCAUCGUGUCCGUCAAGGAGGCCCGCUGUCCCGUGUUCGAUCUGCCCCACGACGUCCGCUCCUCGGGCUUAUACCAGACGUUUGCCAUGUCGUCGGCCCUGCCCAUCCAGCGCCGCAACAUCCGGGGCAGCUCUUUCUACGUGGUGAUUGUGAGCUUGUCGGGCAGUGAGGCGUGCCAGGCCUCCUUCCAUCACCAGUUUCUGGAGGGCAGCGGCGGUGGAAUAGGCGCGAGCCUGCGUCAGGCGAGGCGCUACACGCGCGCGGCGUACGUGAGCGUGGUGCGAACGCCGCGUCAGCAGUUCGCCGUGCCGGUGUUCGCCCUGGUGGGCUUCUUUCUGGCGUUCUACGUCGCGUCGUUCCUGGUCCUGGUGCUGCGGUUCACGUGCCGCACAGACCGCACGCUCACACUCGCCGAGUUUGUCCUCGGCUCGCCGCCGUCCGCCGACACCAAGUCCGUGGAGGCGCGGCGCCAGACGCUUAUCGUCGAGGAGCACCCGUGUAUCACGAAGCGUCGACUGGCCCUCGGCGCCCAUCAGUCCAGCUCGACGUCAGUGUGUAUCGAGCUCGGCUCUCCCACAACACCGUCGCCGUCGCCAAAGAUCCCCUUGCCGUCCCCUAGCCACCUGGCGAGACGCAGGGAGAAGUCGAAACUGGCGGCCAUGAAUUCGGGCAGCCCUCUGGUGGUCGAUGCUUCUGCAAACAACGGGCAAUUGAGCGCACAAGCGCUUGAUGCUCCCGACGACGCAAGCAGUGGUAACGACGGUCAAAGCACUCGGUCUAGUGGCAGCGACGUGCUCAACCAGCACCAGCUGUCAGCCGGCGGCAGGGAGCGCAAGGUCCCUCUGCAACACACGUCGUUCCAGACGUUGGACGACGUCAGCGACACGGAAUCGCGUUUUUUCCCCGCCAGCAGUAGCGUCACGGGCUCUGAUCGGCUACGUGCCGUCUCCUGCUCCACCAACGCCAGUGCGGACAGUAUUGACUCCGCGGGGCUCGGCAGCAGCAGGCUCGAAAAGCAGUCUGGCUCACUCGGGAACAGCGGCAGAGACGCCCCCGCUCCCCCCGCGCUCACACUCUCCGUGGCGCCGACCAAGCGCAAGCCGCAGUCCGAGGCACUGGUGCUGGACACCCUGAGCAUGUCCAGCGUGUCUCGACUGGGCACUUUGUCCAGCGUGGCGGCGCUGAAUCAGGCGCCUCCGGAGGUGCUGGCCCGCCGCCUCCGCUCCUACCCGCUGCUGGUGGUGAUCGUGGGCGUCUUCUACGGCAUCCCGGCCUUGCAGCUAAUGCUCAACUAUCAGCUGGCCGUCGAUCUCACCGGCAAUCAGGACAUCUGCUACUUUAACUUCCGGUGCGUGCGCCGCCUGGGCUCGUUCAGCGCGUUCAAUCACGUGAUCAGUAACCUUGGUUACGUGCUGCUGGGCGUGCUGUUCAUGCUGCUGACGGCGCGUCGCCACCGCCUGUACUCGCACCGCACCGCGCAGGACGCUCGCACGACGACGGCGCGCGGCCUGCCGCAGCACUUUGGCCUGUUCUACGCGCUCGGGCUGGCGCUGUGCGUGGAGGGCGUGAUGAGCGCCUGCUACCACGUCUGCCCGACGCCGCUCAACAUCCAGUUCGACACCACGUUCAUGUACAUCAUCAUCUGCCUGGCCAACAUGCACAUGUACCAGAGCCGGCACCCGGACAUCAUCAUCUCGGCGCCGCGGCCCCUGGCGUUCACCGCCGUGGUCAUCACCAUCGUGGCGCUCGGCGUCCUGUACAACACGCCGGCGUUCUGGGCGUGCGUGUUCGUGCUGCACAUGACCGCCACGGCCGUCGUCGUCGCGCACUUCUACUUCAACUCGCUGGCGCGCAUGCAGGAGGCCGUGCGCACCAUGCUGAGCACGCGGCGCGUGCGGCCCAUGCGCCAGCCCUACCGCUGCCUCCUGCUGACGAUUGCGGCCGUCAUGAACCUGGCAAUCGCCGUGUACGGCGUAGUCUCGCAGCCCACUGGCUUCUCCAACUACAUGCUGUCGAUCAUGAUUGCGAAUCUCGUUCUCUACACAGGCUACUACUGCACGCUGAAGCUGCUACACCUGGAGCCGUUCCGGCAGAUCACGCUGCUCUACUUCUUCCUGUGCAUUCUGGCCGCCCUGCCCGCCACCUACUACUACUUGAAGAGCCCCGCCGACUGGAGCAAGAGUCCCGCGUACUCGCGAUCGCUGAACAGCCAUUGUACGUUCCUGGACUUCUUCGACAGCCACGACCUCUGGCACAUUUGCUCAGCUCUGUUUGUGUUCUUCACCUAUCUGGCGCUACUGACCAUUGAUGACCCGUUGGCAAACGUUGCCAGAAUAGAAAUUCCCUCCUGGUAGGGAAAUCCCCUCCCGGUUGGGAAAUUCCCUCCCGGUAGGUCAAUCAUGGUUGUAUUGCUGGUGUGUGGGUUUGCCCCCACAAGAAUAGAGUUUUCUUUGACCUUGAAGCUAUUUAUCUCUAUCUCCGUCUAUGUGUCUCUCUCACAAUUUUUAAAAGUAUGUCACAUCGUGUGUGUAAUAAUAUGUGUGUGUGCGUGAGUGUGUGUGUGUGUGUGUGUGCGUGAGUGUGUGUGUGUGUGCGUGAGUGUGUGUGUGUGUGUGUAUGUGUGUGUGUGUGUGUGUGUGUGUGUGUGUGUGUGUGUGUGUGUGUGUGUGUGUGUGUGUGUGUGUGUGUGUGUGUGUGUGUGUGCGUGAGUGUGUGUGUGGAUGUGUGUGUGUGUG